UCAAUGGCCAUCUAGAUAUGGCGAAGGAUGAUAAGUGGUGUAUCGUUUCCUGUACGAUUUCUCAAAUAAAUGUAAUAUUAUUAAUCUGAAAAAUCUGUACUCCGAUUAAUUAAUGUGGGGGAAGUGAUUCAUGCCAUUGUAGUUAUUUGGCCGCGUCCGCGUCGAAGAAUGCAGAUUUGUUUUAAGCAAUACAUUAUCGGCGUUUUGUGCCGGCAUAAAUUUCGACAGGGAAAUAUAUCGUACAACAACAGGAUACCAAUUACGAGAAACAAAUCCGAUCGUUGCCAAAGCUUUGUCAACAUUUGUCAGAGCUACGCAAGAAUCGAGCCUGAUGUCCAUAUGGUCGACAAGCACUGGACGCAAUUCAGUGUUUGGCGCGGAGGACGGAACGGUACUCCCCUCCUCGCAUUUGCCGAUCCACGUACACGUGGCGCGUACACAUCUGCGCAACGCUGACGGCCACUGUUUCCAUAAGCGGUUUCACGACUGUCAGUCGAAGAUGUCGCAGUCGGGAGAUGGCCUUCACACUCCGGGUUAUCUCUCUUGGAGAAAACUGCAACUCAGCCGAGCGAAACUUAAAGCAUCGAGUAAAACGUCCGCUCUACUUUCCGGUUUUGCCAUGGUAGCUAUGGUAGAAGUACAGUUGAACUCUGAUACAAAAGUACCUUCAGAAAUGCUAAUCGCCUUCGCCAUAUGUACUACAUUGCUGGUUGCUGUUCACAUGCUAGCCUUAAUGAUAUCGACAUGUAUUUUGCCGAACAUUGAAGCUGUGUGCAAUCUGCAUAGUAUAAGCUUAGUACACGAAUCUCCACACGAGCGUCUACACUGGUACAUCGAAGUGGCAUGGGCAUUUUCCACUCUGCUAGGACUUUUAUUAUUUUUAUUGGAAAUCGCAAUACUUUGUUGGGUGAAGUUCUAUGACUUUUCGAAAGUGGCUGCUUGGUCCGCCUGUAUCGUCUUGAUACCGGUACUAAUAAUCUUUCUCGCAUUUGCGAUACAUUUCUAUUGGAGUUUGGUGGCCCACAAAUACGAAAUCACAGUGUCCGGUAUAAGAGAACUAGAGUUACUUAAGGAACAAAUAGAGUCCACCGAUGUUGAAGGUAGAAAUGGUGUGAAUUUACUACACAUUUCUGAUGUGACGCACGUGGUCUGAAUAAAUCAUAAUCCAUGAUUUGUGUUACUUUUAAAAUGUGAUAACUUCCUCAGUGAAGGACAGUGAAUCUCUGAUUGUCUGUUCAGGCUGUAAUUGUACAUAUUAAAACAAUUCAAAGGAGAAAUCAAAACGACUUAAUUAAAAAUUUAAAAAAAAACUAAUUUAAAAAACUGUAUCGAAAAUACCAAAAAAAGUAACUGUCCUGUAUGUAAAAUUUCUCAAAAUUGAUUCGCCUAUAAGAUCUUUCAAUAGGCAAAGUGAUACAUGAUAUCGAUUCACAUAUUUAUCCAUAUCGCAAUGAAUUUAUAACGUUGAUGAAAAAUAGUCUGUAUGUAUGAACGUGAAACAUUCCUUUUCCAUGUAGCGACUUAACUUAUAAAAAGCAAUGUGGUAAGCGGUAAUAUUUAUUGUGUAAUAUAUGCUUAGUUGUAACUUAAAAAAGCAACAGUCAGAAAUGAAGGUUUAUAUUUUCCUUUGACAAUGCGUGACUAGCUUCCAUUGAAUGUACUUAUUAUCAUGUUUAAAAACAUGCCUGUCAAGCGGUAUUAUUCUUAGUUCUUUUUAUUUCGUUCAUUUGUUUCGUUCUCACGUAAUAUGUCCUAUAUUCAAGUUCUUCUACGCGGAGACAACAUAAUUUCCUGUCUCAUUGUCUAUGUCUAUAUUUACACUUGGUCACAGUUACUGCCGUCACUAAAAAAGUGGCAAUUAAAUUAUUAUAUAUAACUUUUAUUGCGAACAAAAUAGUUUAUACGGGUAUACAUAUGUUGAUAGAAAGAGAUAUAUCCAAAGUUGAAGUACUUUUGCUAUAAUAAAUUAUACAAACAACAGCGAUUCAUUCUGUAUUACGUGUUAUUCUGAAAAAUAAGAAUAUAUGUUUAUAAAAUAGAAUUUAAACAAGAACAACACGUGUUUAUGGACACGCAUAUAUUCCCAAUUAUACGCUUUGGUGCUCUUUCACAAAUAGCUUCAGUGAAAACGAAUUCCGACUUUCGGUCAUCCUCCAUAAUUUCGGAAGUGUUUUGAGAAUCAUUAAUCCGCGUUAUCACUUCCAUCUAUGGACCAAGUAAGAAUUGUUACAAGCUGAAUAAAAAUUUUUCGAUGAUUUGCUCAUAAUUGUUAUGUACUUCCGGAAUAGGAUAUAACGUUGGAUGAGUUGCACGUUGUCGAAAAUCUGCAUCCGAUAUAGUUCCAUUUAUAAACCAAUCGUUUGUCCAGAAACCACGCUGCUCUUGACCCGUAACUAUGUGAUAAUAUGUGCCGUAACCUUCUUUCUUGCCCUUGACGAACUGACCCUCGUAUUUGUUGCCAUUAUCUGUAAAAGUUACAUUAAAUAUUCCAUUCACUUUUAAUUGCAUUGAUAAAUAACAAUAAAUUACUUCUUAUUUGUUAAUAAGAGAUAUUAAUAAGGCCACCCAUAAAGGUAAAAGAAAAAGAGAUGAUGGUAAAUACAAAAACCUUUGACGAAUAAUCCCGUGCCAUGGUAAAGAUCGUCCUUCCAAGCGCCUUCGUAAUAAUCUCCAUUACAAUGCCACAUACGACCAUAACCAUGCCGUUUAUUUCGACAAAAAUCGCCUUCAUAAUAAGAACCAUCUUUGAACCAGUUAUGUCCGAAUCCCUGUUUUUUCCCAGCCACCCAUUGCCCAAUAUAAUAUCGACGAAUAGUAUGGUCUUCUUUUGAAAUUUUGCUCAAAAUACCGCAACCGUGUUUUUUACCAUUCAACCAGCUACCAUCGUACAUCCAGCCAUUUCUGCAAAAUUGCAACCAUGUUAAAAAUAUCAAAAGAAAAUUAUAUCUCAAAUAAGACAUGCCUUUACUCGAAGAUACUUGCGGUAGUUACUUUAAUAUAGUAAUUUAAAAAAAGUACCUGUCCACUUCUUUACCUCUGCCUUUUUUCACAUCGUUCUCCCAUUCACCAAUGUAAUAACUUUUGAAAAGUUCUUUGGUUUGAGGGCUGAAAAUAGCGUGACGCAAGCCGUUUCUCUUCGAAUUUUCUAUUUUCUGUUCGCUGUACGAAGCUUUAAUGCAUUUCAAGGAAGGCAUCGCGACAGUUGUCACAAAUUUCAUUUGAAUUUGAGAAACGUAAUGUAUCAAUGUAAUUUGACAUGAUAUUGCAUUUUAGGAAAUAUCUCCUAGAUGAUAGUAUUUUAUAAUCAAACAAAUGAAUACGAAUGUAAUUGAAAUAUAAAGCAAAAUAGAUUAAUACUAAUUCAAUUCAUUAAUACUAAGUGUAAGAAUAAUAUAUUAAUAUUAUAUUUUACAAUGAAUGCAUCAUUGUAUAAUUGAAGCGAACGAGCAAAAAUAUUCAUAUAAAUAUUAUCACAG